UAAUCCGUAGAUUUUUAAUCCCGAGAUUGACAAUACAAAAGUUCUGAGUUCAGGAGAAGGUUGGCGUCCCAUAUAAAGCUGAGUGAGGAGGAGACGAGGAUCCUGGCUGAGACCCCGAGGGUGAUGGCCAAGACAGUAUCAGAAAAGGUCCUGCUGGACUGUGCUGUGGAAAAAUUAAUGCAUAGUGAAACCACUGGAGCUAUAUCCAAACCGAUUGUGGAACCCCAUCCUAAUCAAUGCAAUCAGUGUGAUAGAAGUUUUAAGAAACCGUCGGAUCUAACAAGACACUUGAGAACUCAUACGGGUGAAAAACCGUUUCCCUGUGACAAGUGUGAAAGAAGUUUUGCAGUGAAAAGUACUCUGAGAAAUCAUAUGAAGAUUCAUACUGGGAGUAAAUCUUUAGCCUGUCAUAUUUGCAGUUCUUUGUUUGCUGGGAAACAUAGCCUCAAGGUUCACAUGCGGCUUCACACCGGCUUCCUACCUUAUAAAUGCUCGAAAUGUGAUCAAAAGUUUCGGACUCCAUCAGGACGUAAACAACAUUUAGAAACACAUCUGAAGGAUGAGACUUCUGCUUCUAAUGACCUGGUUCCUCUCACCAUAUCAGCUGAGUCUCUAACAGCUGCACUAGAGGCAGUUAGCAGCACAGGAGCUCCACUUAUCGGAGCUACUGUGCAGCUGCAGCUCCAUGGAUCAGGGUUUGAGUCUGCCAUGACCCAUCUCCAUAUUAACGAGGAGGUGCUAGAGCAGCUGAGGCGAGGGGAGAAUAUUAUCAUCACUAUCAAUAAUAACCAACUCACACAGGGCGUUGAAAGUUCCAAAAAGGCAGUACGGGACGAAAAACUACAAACGGAUGAAAUAAAGCAAACUACUGCUGUUAGCGCUGGCAAUGCUAGAGCUGUACCAAAGCUACGAUCUGUUAUUAAAGAAGCGUCUCUGUCGGAAUCAGAUAUUGAAAGAGCAGAGUUUAUAGGUUCAGACGCGGCAUUGAUUACUAUUCUUAACCCUGGAGAAGAUGUUAACAGGUUUCAAGAACCUGUUGGAGUUCAAGGUGUACAUAUCCCAUCCGGGUACACUCCUGGACAGGGUGGGGUAGGAGAAGGAGAGCCUGGUAUGUCUGGGUUAAGGGACGGAGAGAUAGUUGAGUUUUCUGGGGGAGAGAGAGGGAUAGUUCUCAACCUACAGAGGAAUAGUACAGAUACAUCACACUCACAACAAACACAAGGGGAGGUUUGGAAUGCAGAGGUCCAAGAUUCAGAGCUCUUGGAUAUAUCGCAGGAGUUCCCGGAACGAAUUCUCAUACAUGUGAUGUUUGCCCUCGAUCCUUUAACAAACCUUCACAACUCACAAGACAUAUGCGAAUACACACAGGCGAGAGACCGUUUCAGUGCGCAGAAUGCCGCAAAACUUUCAACCAGAAAAGCGCGCUGCAGAUACACGAAAGGCAGCAUGACGGCCUGCGACCGUUUAUUUGUCCUAUCUGUAAUUUUCCUUUCACUCAGAAAGGAAACCUGAAGAAUCACAUUCGUAGGAGCCAUCCCGAACAUCAGAAUGUCGAGUUGAAGAUCUUAAACGCCAGAAAUUAACCAUCCUGUCUGCAGUAUCCUUCGUGUCAUAGAACAGAAUACUAGCUAGAUAAAUAAGAGAACCAGUAUCCUUGGUGUCAUAAAAACAUGAUAGAUAGAUAUAAGAAUCAGCUAACUAUCCUCUCUACAGUAUCCUUGGUGUCAUAGAACAGAACAAAUAGCUUGAUAAAUAAGAGAAACAAGCUAACCAUCUUCUCUACAGUAUCGUAUCUUGGCAUAUGAUAUAUAGAUAGAUAUAAGAACCAGCUAACCAUUCUCUCUACAGUAUCCUUGGUAUCAUGGAACAGGAUAGAAGGAUAGAUAUGAGAACCAGCUAACGGCGAAAAAUAAGCGCUUUUCAUCGCAACUAAUCUUACUUGUAUCCAAGAACGUAACGUUCAUAAAAAUUAGAAAGUUGCAUCAUACGUCUCGGAUCGUAAAAAAAUCAA